UUGAAUUUCCUGGUAUCGUUAGCUAAUUUAUCUUCUCUAGCCUUAAAAUUUGGGGACAAUUUUAAGAAGGCAUUGUUGACGACACCUCCACUGCAUAGAGGAUACGUCUGAAUUCAUCUGAGUGUGUUUGUAAGGGGAGUGAUGCCUGUGACCAGCCCAAGGUUCUGAAUAUCUCUCUUCUGGAACACAUUUUUUAAUACCUUUAAAUGGAACAAGUUACCAGGGAUGAUUAUUGAAGCACCCAGCAAGGAGGUUAUUACAUUUCAGAGAUGGCUGAUUUACUGGCAGAACUCUGUUACACGGACCGUCUGGAUCCCUUUCCAGUGUGGCAAAAUGGCACCGUCAGCCCCUGUUUUAACCAGCUGAUCCUCAGCUCCUUCCCCCAUUGUAUCCUUGCUAUCUGCAGUGCAUGUUACCUGAGCGCACCAAGAUACAGUGACCUCACCAUCUCUUCCUCAUGUGGCUGGGGGUGUAGAAUGGCUAUGGCAUUACUGAUGGCCCUGCUUUUUGUCAUAGACAUGGUCAUAGCAGUUGUCCUAAACCACCCUAUUAAGUAUGCGGAUAUAUUGGCUGACGGAUGUGGCAUCUUGGCCUGGUUUGUCCAUUUUGGGGCACUAGCAGUCCUGCAGAAGUCUGACUACAGAGUGACCAGGGGCCCAUCUAUCAUGCUAGGACUGGCUAUCCUGCCAGCUCCAAGCCUCAUCAUUACCCUGGUUGCCUACUGCAAAGAUGCCACCUAUCUGGAACUCUGUCAGCCUCUAAGGGUUGCACGUCUGGCUGUGGUUGCCACCCAGCUCCUCCUUCUCUUGGUCUACCUGCUGGCAUUUUCUUUCCCAUGCAUUGAUGAGCAAGCAGAAUCCCUCACUAUCAAUGGCUCUGACUGGUCCACCUUAAUUCCAAAUGAUUCUCACUUGGAUCAGGAUGUGCAAAUUGUUGGUGAGGAUGGUUGCAACUGGGUAUCCCGUGUCUUCUACUUAUGGAUGAACCCCCUGAUGAAGCGUGGCCAGUGCAGGGAGCUGGAGAGGCCUUCAGAUAUCUACCUUUUACCCCAUAAGCUCCGCACCAGAGCUAUAUGGGAGCAUUUUGACCGCUGCUUGCAGGAGGGCAUAGAGCAUGAAGAGGAGGAAGAGCAGAGAAGAAACAGAUUGACACAAGCUGGAAGGAGCAUUAACAGUGGCACAUGGAGCCUGUCUGAUUCACAGGAACAUCUAAACGAUUUAGGGACAAGCCCGUCCCAGAGGGCUGAGGUCAGGCUCCUUUACGUGCUGCACAGGGCUUUUGGGGUAAGGUUUUACCUGCUCGGGAUGCUGAAGUUGGCAGGAAAUAUGCUUGGCUUUGCUGGGCCAUUACUCCUCAACAGCCUUGUCAGCUUCAUGGAGAUGGGGCAGGCACCUGUUAGUCAGGGGCUUUGGUGUUGUGUAGGCCUUUUUGUGAGUACCUUCCUUUCAGCCAUCCUGCGCAACAUCUUCUCCUUUGAAGUCUCCAAGGUGUGUCUCUCUGUACGAGCAGCCAUCAUCUCGGCCAUUUAUCGCAAGGCACUGCGGGUCAACAGCACAACAUUGUCAAGUUUCACUGUGGGUGAGGUGGUCAACUUCAUGAGCACAGACACCGAUCGGCUGGUCAAUUUUUUCAACAGUUUCCAUGACAUAUGGAACCUGCCCCUUCAGUUUGCCAUCACCCUCUACCUGCUCUACAUGCAGGUGGGUGUGGCCUUCCUGGGUGGACUUGGCCUAGCAUUGUUGCUAGUGCCACUCAAUAAGCUGAUCGCCACAUGUAUCAUGGAGAACAACAAGCAACUGCUCAAGCAUAAGGAUACCCGUGUCAAACUUAUGGCAGAGAUGCUGUAUGGGAUGCGGGUUAUCAAGUUCUACACUUGGGAGCCGCAUUUUGCCCAGAAGAUCACUGACUGCAGGAAGCAGGAACUCAGCCAUCUCAAGACUAUCAAGUACCUAGAUGCUGUGUGUGUCUACACUUGGGCAGCACUACCUGUGGUUAUCUCCAUCCUCACCAUUAUCACAUAUGUCCUUCUGGGUCACGAACUCACUGCAGCUAAGGUGUUCACAGCACUUUCUCUUGUGGGCAUGCUCAUCUUGCCUUUGAACAAUUUCCCCUGGGUUUUGAAUGGCAUUAUUGAAGCCAUGGUGUCCAUGGAUCGUAUUCAAGGUUUUUUGAGGCUGUGUGACCAGGACCUGAACACCUACUAUAGCCUGGUGGCCCCUGAAGAUCCCCAGAUAGCUGUCCAGAUGAAGCAGUGUACCUUUUCCUGGAUAAAUGUGUGUGAUCCUCAAGGUCAGGAAGGGACAGGGACCAAUGCCCCAGAGGGGUCUCUACUACUCCACAGUCUCAACCUUACCAUUAAGAAGGGGUCCCUGAUUGCUGUUGUGGGGAAAGUGGGCUGUGGGAAGAGCUCUCUUUUGGCUGCCAUUACAGGAGAACUUAGUCGAUGUCAAGGUACACUGUUUGUCCAGGGAAGGGAGAAUGGCUUUGGCCUGGCUGUGCAAGAGCCUUGGAUUCAACAUGCAACAGUGCGUGAAAACAUCCUGUUUGGCAAGGACUUCAACUGCCACUUCUACCAAUCUGUGAUAGAGGCUUGUGCACUCACUGACGACCUCAACAUUUUACCAAUGGGUGAUGGGACUGAGGUGGGAGAGAAUGGAGUGACACUAAGUGGAGGACAGAAGGCUCGUCUUGCCCUGGCACGGGCUAUUUACAUGGAGAAGGAUAUUUAUCUUCUUGAUGAUCCUCUGGCUUCAGUGGAUGCUGAUGUUGCCCAUCACCUUCUUGAGAAAUGCAUCAUGGGGAUCCUCAGGGACAAAACCCGAAUCAUUUGCACCCACCGUUUAGAGUUUAUGGACAAAGCUGAUACAAUGAUCCUUAUGAAUGAUGGAACAGUUGUCAAAACAGGGACCCCAGAUGAAAUUCUCCCUAUGGUGGAAGCAGUACCCAAGAACAGGAAGAAUGACAACAACAGGAAAGAGAAAGAUGGGCUGGUGAACAACCAGGAGCAACCCCUGGAGCAGGGCCCUCUCGUGAAGUAUACAGUGGGGGGAGAACAGAAGCAGAUGGGUGUGGUGGCCUGGAGGGUAUAUCAGUCAUACUUGCUGGCAGUGGGUAGCUGCUUGACCUUUACCAUUUUCCUCACACUGCUUCUCAUGCAAGCCUCAAAGAACAUCUCGGACUGGUGGUUGUCUCAUUGGAUCUCACACCUGAAGAGUGAUUACAAUGCCUCCCUCAGUGUCCUCUUAAACAGAGACUUUUCAUACAUGCUGCUUUUUUUUCCAAGAAGUUUGAUGUACCCAGUCAUUGAAACUGCCUCCAAAGCCAAUAUCACUUCUGAGAUGAAGUUCUACUUGAUAGUCUAUGGUUCCAUUGCAGCAGCUAACUCACUUCUAACUGCUGUCCGGGCAUUCCUCUUUGCCCAUGGAGCCAUAUGUGCUGCCACCAUAAUCCACAACAGACUGCUGAAGAGAGUGCUCAAGGCAACAGUGACCUUCUUUGACACCACCCCUUUUGGACGAAUUUUAAACCGCUUCUCUUCGGACCUGUACAGUGUGGAUGACACGCUGCCCUUUAUCCUUAAUAUCCUGUUAGCUAACAUCUUCAGCCUACUGGGCAUGUUGGUGGUGAUGAGCUAUGGCCUGCCCUGGAUCCUGCUGCUGCUACCAUUGUUGGGGAUAGUGUACUACUACAUACAGCAUUUCUACCGCCACACAUCCCGCGAGCUGAAGCGCCUUUACAGUCUUACUCUCUCACCUAUGUACACCCACUUCUCUGAGACUUUGACAGGCAUCUGCACUAUCCGAGCCAGCUGCAACACCUCCAGGUUUGAGGAGGAGAAUGAGAGACGUCUAGAGACUAACCAACAGUGUUUAUUUGCCAGCAAUGCGGCCAUGCAGUGGCUUGACAUCCGAUUACAAAUGAUUGGUGUUGCCAUGGUGGCAGCCGUUGGUGUGAUUGCCAUCGUCCAACAUCAGACAAAAUCAGUUGACCCAGGCCUUAUUGGUCUUUCUCUGUCAUAUGCAUUGUCAAUCACCAGCCUUCUGUCGGGGCUUAUCUUCAGCUUUACUCAGACAGAGACACAGAUGAUUUCUGUGGAGCGGACUGAAGAGUACUCCACUGAAAUCCCAGUUGAAACGCAACAUGGUAUCCUAGAGGUGUCCCACUCAUGGCCAGAACAGGGGCACAUAGUGUUCCAGGGGGCAAUGCUUGCAUAUCGCCAGGGUCUGCCAAAUGCUUUGGACGGAGUGAGCAUAGUGAUCCACCCUGGGGAGAAGGUGGGCGUGGUGGGGCGCACAGGCUCUGGGAAGUCCACCCUGUUCUUGGCUCUCUUCCGCAUGGUGGAACUGAAUGGUGGCAAGAUCCUGAUAGAUGGAGUGGACAUUACCCAGAUUCGUCUGGCACAGUUAAGGUCAAAAUUGGCCAUUAUCCCACAGGAUCCCUUCCUGUUCAGUGGGACAGUACGAGAAAACCUAGAUCCCUGUGGAUGUCACACUGAUCAUCUACUGCUAGAUGUGCUGGAGCAGUGCCAUCUUUUCCAGACCAUAAACCAGAUGGGGGGGCUGGAUGCUGAAGUUGGGGAGAAAGGCAAGUCUCUCUCUCUGGGACAGAGGCAACUGCUGUGCCUGGCACGAGCCCUGUUAACACAAGCUAAGAUACUUUGCAUUGAUGAAGCUACAGCCAGUGUUGACCAGAAGACAGACAAGCUGCUACAACAGACUAUCCAAAUGAAGUUCAGAGACAGGACUGUCCUCACUAUUGCCCAUAGAAUCAACACCAUAAUGGACUCUGACAAGGUGCUUGUGAUGCAUGCAGGGAAGGCAGUGGAGUUUGACUCUCCUGCAGUUCUGUGCCAAAGAGAUGACUCAAUCUUCCACAAUUUUGUACAUGGGCAGUCAGGGUGAUGGAAGUGGGAAGACAUACAAGCAGAGUGGAAGGCACUGAUAGUGCUUGGCCUCUUGGUGCUGUCUAGGUCUGUUUCCUGCCACAUUCUCCCACCAUCAACUAGAGUCUGUUUUAAAUGAUCAUUCUGUUAUUAAACAGCUUCAGGAGUUUGUAACGAGUUGAUCAUUUCAAUCAGCUGUGUUGGAUGAGCUGUGGUAUCAAACCAGGAAUAAGCUAGCCCUGUUCUGGGGUUUAGAGAAUGCAAGUACUUUGCUGACCUUUUAGUUAUCUUGUGGUAAAAUGAUAUGCUAGUAUUACUUUGAGAGAGCAGCUCACUCUGUCAGUCAAUGAGUGACACUGCUGUUUAUAGUUGCAGCAAAAACUGUAGCUGGAUUUGUAAAUAAAGAAGUAUUACAUGGUUUUCUUUCAGUCACAUAUUUUUUAUUCUGUAAUAUAUAUUUAUAUAGUGAACAUCUCAGGGAUGGCAAGAGCAAAUUUACCAUUGCUGAAGAGGUAGUGCAUACGGUAAAUUGACUGUAUAUUAAGGAUUGACUGUGGUUUCA